AUGGGUGACUACCUGUACUCGAGCUCGGUCCUGGCGAACGAUUCGUGCGUGAGCAACGCUUCCUCGCUGCUCGAUACGCUCAGCAUAAACAACCUGCUGAACAUCAAGCACCUGACCGGGGCGGGUACCGGGAGCGGGGCCGACCUUGGGGCCAGCGUCUCGGACGCCCUGGGGACGAUCGUCGGCGAAUCGUCCUCGUCGUCCUCGUCGGUGUCGAUUGGUAGCAAGAACAAUAACGGUGCCAUGUCCGGGAAGCUGUCGGUCGGAGCCGGACUCGCUGGCUCGAACGGUGUGGAGGACGGGCAGGGCGGUGGACUACUGAUGACGUCCAGCGUGGCCUCGUCCAGCUGCGGCGGAGGUGUGCUAGGCUCGGGGCCGGGAACCAUCACGACCGCCAUCUCGUCCGAUGGCUGCUGUCUGACCGGUGCAUCAGGAUCGACGGUUCGCGAGCUCUCGCUAGCGCUCGGUGGUGAUGACGGAACCGUGACCUCGUCGCUCCUGAAUGGAGGCAGCAUUUCUUCGCCCUCGAUCGUCGGUCUCGGCGGAGUCAGUGGAAGCAGUGCGAACGGCAACAACAACAGCUCCGCCAACAGUGGCAACAACAGUGGUAACGGCGGGCUCAGCAACGGCAGUGGAAGCAAUGGGACCGGAGGCGGUUCGAACAGUACGAACAACAAUCUGCUCCUGGAGGCGUCGGCGUCGGCCGACCAGCUCCAGCUGCAAUCGGUGGCGGAGGAACUCAGCCUGAAGGCGGCCGAUCUGAGCUGUCUAAGCUCGGUCACGUCCAACCUGAUGAACGGCUGUCUCGCGCCGAGCGGGCUCGGCUUCGGUGCGACCCCGGACCACUCGAGCCCGUGGUCGACGGGACCGGACGAGGCGGGCCAGGCCGGAUCGAGCGGACACCUGUCGAUGAACGGGUUGGGUGGGUUCCAGAACUUCACCAGCAAUCUCUACAAUGGUGCCGUGGCGGCGGCUGUCGCAGCCACGGCAGCUGCCCAGCAACAGCAGCAGCAACAGCAGCAGCAGCAGCAGCAACAACAACAACAGCAUCAACAACAGCGCCGUGCCAUCACUGCAUCGCACGGAGCCUUUCCGAACCAUCACCACGGCAUCUCACCCAACAGUCUCGCCGUCUCGCACGGUAACGCAAUGCUCCAGCAGCAGCAGCAGCAGCAACAGCAGCAGCAACAGCAGCAGCAGCAAAAUCAGUACAAGAGCUCGUACCCAUCCUGGUCCAAUCCGGGACCCUGGUCACAGCAACAGUCCAGCCAGCAACAGCAGCAACAGCAGCAGCAUCACCACCAGCAGCAACAGCAACAGCAGCAGCAACAGCAGUUGCAUCAGCAGCAGCAACAGAGCGCACUGUCUUCCUGGAACCGGGGCCGCUCCGUGCCGAGCCUGAAUCCGUCCGGGCUGGGGCCGAACGGGCUGCACGCCCGCAAGCCCCCCGUUCACUCCCAAGGCAACCCGUCGCUCUCGCCGUACGGUGGCCUUGGCAACGGGGGCCAUCUGCAGCAGCAGCAGCAGCAAUCUCAUGCCCAUCAUUCUCAGCAGAGCAUGCAGCAUCAGCAGCAGCAUCAGCACCAACACCAGCAGCACCAGCAACACCAUGGCCACCACGGUCACCAUCAGUCGAACGCGCUGCAGCCGCUGCAAUCGAAUCUGGCCAAUUCCCCGUCGCGCUAUCGGCGCAGCACCUCGGCACCGUUUCCGAACAAAACCAAUCUCUCCCAAUCGCUGGGAUCGGCCGGCGGUGGCGGCAGCUCGGGCGGGCCCGGAGUUGGCGGUAGCGGCGGCGGCGGCGGUUGCGGAGCGGGAAUCGGCAGUAUGGGUGGAGGCUUCCCGGGGCCGCUCGACGUUGGCGGAAUCGACGAGAACCGCGAUCCGUUUCUGUCCUCGUAUCAGGACCGCACCGGGCUGAGCAACGGAUUAGAUAUGCGCUCGCUGGAACACUGCCUCAGUGACAUCAUGCGGAACGUGGGCGAGGCCUCGCAGCCGGAUCAUCUGAAAGGUUUUUUGAACUGCAACACCAACACGCUGCAGUCGCUGGCACAGCUACACGGAAAACUUGACUUCCACGAAUUCAUCCCAGGUAAACCCUUCUUCACCGGACUGGACGAGCAUCUGAAUGACGACGAUGGUAAUGGUGGCGGAGGCGGAUUUAUCGGAGGCAAUCAGCUGCAGCUCAACUCGCCGGCCCGAUCAUCGCCGCACUCGAAUGGUUCCGAAACGACGGAACGCUUCUCGCGGAAGGUUUUCGUCGGUGGUCUGCCGCCGGAUAUUGACGAAGAGGAAAUUACCACAUCUUUCAACCAGUAUGGAGACCUUAUCGUUGACUGGCCGCACAAAGCUGAAUCGAAAUCGUACUUUCCACCCAAAGGAUACGCAUUUCUCCUGUUCCAGGAGGAGCGUGGCGUCCAGAAACUUAUCGAAACGUGCGUGCCGGAUGAUGACAAACUCUACAUCACUGUGUCGUCGCCGACGAUCAAGAACAAACCGGUCCAGAUCCGUCCCUGGCGGCUAGCAGAUGCAGACUAUGUACUGGACGCGUCCAUGCCCCUCGAUCCUCGAAAGACCGUCUUCGUCGGCGGUGUACCGAGACCGUUGAAAGCUUAUGAGCUGGCAAUGAUUAUGGAUCGUUUAUAUGGUGGUGUGUGCUACGCUGGAAUCGACACCGACCCGGAGCUGAAGUACCCGAAGGGCGCCGGACGUGUAGCGUUUUCCAACCAGCAAAGCUACAUCGCCGCCAUCUCAGCCCGUUUCGUCCAGCUGCAGCAUGGCGAUAUCGAUAAACGUGUCGAGGUGAAACCGUACGUUUUGGACGAUCAAAUGUGCGACGAGUGUCAUGGCCAGCGCUGUGGUGGCAAAUUUGCUCCAUUUUUCUGUGCCAAUGUCACCUGUCUUCAGUAUUAUUGUGAGCAGUGCUGGGGCUUGAUUCACGCGCGCGAAGGCCGUGAGUAUCACAAGCCCCUCGUCAAGGAAGGUGCCGACCGGCCCCGGGCGGUGCCCUUUCGUUGGUGUUAACGCCAACAGCCUCGAUCAAUAUCAACUGCAACUGCUAGGACGGCGUCGUCGGCGCGGACGGGUGGUGGAGCUGCCGGCCCUUCUUCCAUCGGGGCCCUCGGCUGCACUGGACCCAACCCGUCCCUCGCCAGCGGUCCCAUAUCCGCAGGAGUCUAUUAUAGCGGCAAUGGCUCUAAUUCCGGAUUUUCCGGAUCCUCCAGCUACGUACCACCGCCGCCCUCGUUUCCCUGGACUUCCGGCACUGGAGCCGGUGCCAGUGGAGCGAUCGGACUUCCCGGACUGUCUAAAGCGCGACAACACCACCUAAGCCGACCUCCACCGCUAACGUCGUCAUCGACAUCACCGUCAUCGUCGUCGUCGAACUCGGUGCUCGGUGGUGGGCUCGGUGCAAGCAGCACCUACCAUCAUCUGCGGUUUGGAGCGGCAGCUGGAUCCGGCAGCGGGCUCGGUCCGCUUGCUCCGCCGACCUCGUCGUCCUCGUUUAAUCGUUGCAGUUCCAUUGAUCAGUAUCAACACUCUUCUUCUAUGGCCGUUGGCAGCGGCAGCAGUAGCGGUAGUAACCACCACCAUCAUCAUCACCAUCAUCAUCAUCUCGCUACUGGCGCCACUGCCACCGUGCUCGGUGUUAAGAAGGAAGAUCUUCUCAAGCAACGGCUCGCCAAGCUGCAAUCUAUCACACCAACGCCAAACGUGAGUCCUUAAUCUGCGCAGCGCGAACCAUCACAAGACGCGGUUUCCACAGAACCCCAGAUAUUACUGUUCGCUCUUGAAAAAUAUUGUUUUUUUCUUCUUAUUAUUUUGCAAUUCGUACGACAAAUCGCCACGACAAUGUUUGCAACUUUGUAUAAACUAGAAAUGUAUAAAUUCAUACAAAUAUAAUACUUAUUUGCUACGUUCCUAAUAACGUAUCGAUCUGAUCGAUCGAUGGGCACUACCAAUUGUAAAUUUUUGUUUAUGUUUUCAGUUAUUUUGCUUUAGCAUAAUACUAUGAGCGCUCAGAAAAUCGGUUAGAAACAAACCCACAGCUCUACUCACACGGCCUCAGGCUGACUGGUAGCGUGUUAGAAUAUACUUUUGGAGCUCAUUUCACAGGAAGUACAGAAAAACAACGUUAGUGUAAAGAGAAUUUGUUUCCGCAUCGGACCAGGUGCCUCCAUGAGCAUCGAUGGGUUGCCGGUGCGCAUCGACACAUAAAGGCUUGAGGUCAGUGUAAAUAGUCACCGUUCCAUCAGCAGUCAAAGGCCUCCAAUCCGGUUCUCUCUCGCGUUGAGUGAUUUCAUUCCCUUUACCGUUCGGUAAUGGUGAUAUUCGAGCGCACCGAGAGCACGAACCAAUCUGAAUCGCAAAGAGCAGUUCAGCAAAAAGACAAAGCGUAGCCCAUCGGCAAACGGAUGAAUAAAUCGAUUUUUGUGAUAAUGAAUAAUUGAAGAAACCCAAGAAAAGUAAUAUUUUUUAUAUAGCAAAUUGUGCAAUAACUGCGUAGCGAAACAACAUUUGACUAGCGACUGUCGAAUGUUUAAAUAAAACAGAAAAGAAAUGAUUUAGUA